UCAAUUCAUUUCCACACUCAUUCACAUCUCCAAUGCUGAAGAGUUCCAGUCAAGGUCAUAAAUAGACUGUUUCAAAAUAUGUCGUAUUCGUAGUUUUACAUAGAAAAUUAUAAAAGGGCAAACAUAAACUUUAUAAAUGCAUUUAGAUGUCAAGUUAUUUGCCAAAAAAAAUAAAAUAUGGAAUUUAUAAUAAAUAAAAAGGAAAUAUCCGGUAUUUAUAACUAAACCUUUUAAUUUUAUAAUGAAAUAUUCAUAAAAUGAUAAGGUUGAAACCUUUGAGUACGACAUAUUCUGAAACAGGCUAUUUGUGACCUUGACUGGAACUCUUCAGCAUUGGAGAUGUGAAUGAGUGUGGAAAUGAAUUGAAAAAUAAACAAGUUCAUAUUUUGUGGGAUAUAAAUCUUUUAACGGUAGGAACCUAACAUUUUAUGUUGAUAGGGAGUUAAAGGGAUGUUCAAAGUAAAAAGUUGAAGCGAGCAGAUGAUUUAAUUCAGCGUAUUUCUAACAUAACAACCGGCCGAAGUUGGGGCAAAUUUUCCCGAAUCACUUUGUGUGGCACUGGUCUGAGAUUCGGAAGAGACGUCCGUCAAAAAUUUUUCAGUCUCGACGAAUCUCGCUGAGAUUAUAUAUAUAUGUGUGUGUGUACAUGUACAUGCGUGUGUGUGUGCUUGUAUUAGUCAGUGUAAUACAGGAAAAUAUUUAAGAUUUGACUAUGAAAGUAAAAUGAUGAAUUAAUAGGACCUCAAUUUCAUUUACUAUUGAAUGUUUCAUAUGAACUUUUCAGUGUCCUUGUAACUACAAAGAUUGACAGUACCACUUACACUGCUCUAAUGAGUAAGGAGUUAGCAGAAUUGUACAGGUCCCCCCAGUGUGAUCCGAUGACUAGAAAAGCUUUAGCAGAUGCCAUAAGAGCUCAGAAUACUGGGAAUGAACCACCAUGUACCAGCAAUGAAAUGCCAUGUACCAGUAAUGAAACUCCGGUUGAAAAUGAAUCGCCUUGCAGCUCUUCAAGGUCAAGUUUCUCCUCCACACCAGAGUCUACCAGUGCCUCAUCAUCAACAUCAGAACAGUCUAUUCAUAUUUGGACGGUCGCAGAAGAAAAACGUCUUAUAGACUGUCGAUUAUCCAAAGAGGAAGAUUUCUGUGGUAACAAGUCGCAUGACUCCUUGUGGCAAGCUAUUACAAAGGAAUUGAAUGGUGAGGGGCUGAAAUUGACAAAGCAGCAGAUAAUUAACAAGUGGAAAAGUUUGAAGAAAAAGUAUAAAGAAAUAAAUGACCACAACUCAAAAACAGGGGCAGAUCGUAUGGACUGGAAACAUAAAGAUGCAUUUGAUGGGGCAUAUGGGAAUAAGGCAUCAACAAAACUAAGUGUGUCUUUUGACACAGGUCGACUGAAGGAGUUACCAAAAACCAAUGAGUGUUUGAAAAGAAAAUUGGAAAAGGGAGAUAGGGAAGAAACAUUGGAAACAAAAGCUGAAUUGCCAAAAAAGAAGAUUAGGCCCAAUUUAAAAACUGAUCUGAUGGAAAAGUUGGAUGCACAAAAUUCAAAACUAAUGGAUCAAAUGGAAACACAGCACAGAGACAAACUUCAAAGAAUGGACAGAAUGCUCGAUUUGUUCGAAAGAUCAUUGGACAAAAAGUAACAAUUG